AUGAGUAAAUUUGAUUCACCCUCAGAAAGGACUGGCCUCGCACAGCCAAGUACCUUCUCUUCCGAAUCAUGUUUGGGUGAAUACACCCAGAUGCGGGACAGAUUAAAAAUGCUCCUCUCUCCAAAAAAUUCAGACGACCUGUACGAACUGCUGAUACUGCUGAAAAACGCGGAUUUAUUUGGAAGGGAGACCGUGUCGAAAAUAGAUUUGUUAUUUACAGAAAUCGCAAACUGUACACCAGACGAUGACCUGACACACGUGGAGCUGGCAGACUGUUUCGUGUCAACACUGCUGUCGUACAUAGACGAGGAGUACUUCCUGGAGCUGCUCCAGAACAUCAUCCUCCACACGAAAAACGACUCACUCAUCAUGUCGUGCCAAAACAGACUGUUCGAACUCGUGUUUGAACUGGGAAUGGGAGUAGUGGUGGAUAAGCUGAGAAACCCACUGGGCCUGGUCUACGUGCUGCUCAAAAGCUCAAACUUUUUCAACUUAAAAUUCAUGAGCUCGAAGGUGUCACAGGACGAAACGAGAGUAAACCUGGGCUACGUGCUGUGUACACAAAUACUUAGCUCAAUGCUGGCGUCGUCGUCACUGUACAUAUUCAACUUCAGCAGCAACUUUGAGCAGAACGACGUGUACGGAUACAUAGUGGGCCUUAAGCUGGACAACAGGAACCUGAAGGAGUUUCUGAACAAGGAGUACUUUGCAAAAAUAUGCCAACAGAUAGUGUAUUACUGCGGACCUUUCGAAAACAACGUCAAGUUCCUGGAAAACCUGCUAAAAAUAUGCAAGUUCAUACACUCGAAGGACAUAAGCGGAAGCAAGAGCUACAGGAACCUGACAGUGUCGAUCCUGACACAAAGAUACGUAAACCCGCUUUUUCAAGCGGACCUAAUCUUAACAUUUUUGGAAAACAUGUACACGGAGCUUAUAUCGACGGAUUUAAAGGACUAUAAGACGUUCUCACUCAACUUUAAAGCGAACUUCGGGUUCAGACACAUCAACCCGUUCAACUCGAGCUACAACGAAGAAACGAAGGAGGAAGCGGAGGAAUAUAAGCAUGAAGACGAUCUGGGAUCGGACUACGGAGAAGAUAAGCUGCUCAAAUCGGACCUGUUCUUCAACCUGUUCCCACAAGUGCAGGAGGAGGACCUGGUGGAAGUGUACUGGGUGCUGGAAACGGACAUUUUGUACGCGCUCUUCCAGUCGCUGAUAAGCCCGGAGCACGAGGCGCGAUUCUCGCCGCUGUUCAUGAGCCUGUACGAAGGGGCGAAGAACGGGACGAUCUUCUCGAGAGCGCUGAUCUUUAAGCUCUCGCUUAUCUGGUCAGACUACCAGAACUUCGGAAGAGGAGACUACAACCCGAUCUCGCUGAAGCUGGUGACGAUGAACGAGGACUUCUGGUUCCUCUACGAACACGGAGUGUCGACGCUGGUGCCGAGGAACCUGCUGCUGUCGGAGAUGAGGUCGUACGCAGACGACUUCAAGGACAAGAGGUGCGAGCACCUGUACGACUUCAUGCUGAACAUCGCAAUACACACGGACUCAGAUUGCUUCUUCAUCGUGCUGCUGGAGGUGCUGCGCUACUCAGGCUACGACUUCCACGUGCUCAAGUACUCGCUGCAGAUGUUCCAGUCGACGCUGCUGGAGUUCUUUAAGCACAACAGAGUAAAGCUGAGCAGAGGAGUGCUGGAGAUCGUGUUUUUCUGCAGGCAGUACUUCGACUGGGGCUUCAUGACGAUGCUGAUCUACUCGAUCGACACGAUGAUCACAGGAGACUCGGACAAGUACGCAAAGGUCGCGCUCUCAGACGGACUGAUAGACUACCUGAACUGGAAGCUGCAAAUGGAGGCGGACAUGACGAAGAGGUCGCUGGCGGAGAACACGGACAGCGACACGAUCGUGGUGAUGGACAAGAAUGACAUGGAGGACCAGAACGAAGAAAUCGAGGAGUACAGCGCGCAGGAGGAGCCGGAGGAGACGCCAGUGAUGUUUAACCUGUCGGCGAACAUAGUGGCGGAGGUGUUCUACAUCCUGCACCACCUGCUGGGCCCGACGGAGGUGGUGCUGGAGCUAUUCUUCCUGUACAACCAGAGAAUGAAGGGGCUUAGCAGCUACAACAUACUGCUGCUGCCGCUUUACAAGGGAAUCGAGCACAAGCUGAAGCAGGCGGAAAAGUCGACGUCGCUGGAAGCACACCUGGAACACGGAGUGGGCGACUCGUUGCACAUGGACCACGAAGGAGCAUUCGAGGACAAAGAAAGAAGAGGAGUCGUCGACUUCAGCGACAGAACGCACUUCUCGCUGGGACCGAACAAGGACAUCUACGGGUACCUGCUGCUGAACGAGGACUCGGAGCUGACGACGUCGCACGUGGUGACGCUGAUCUUCUCAGGGAAGAUGGCCAAAAACGUGCUCAACGCAAUUAAGCUGCUGAACGGAGAGCAGGGCUCGAGGCCGCAGUACAUACUGGACCUGAUCCUGAGGAAGUUCGUGAACAAGCUGCAGCAGAUCUUCCUGGUGAGAGUGCCGGACGAAUUCUGUCUGCACCUGACGACCGGGGCGAACUGCAGCCCCGAGGACGAGCUGCUGCUGAGGAACCUGAAGCUGCUGGCGCUAUUCGUGGCGGGCCUGGUGAGCCUGCACAUCAACAGCGUGCACAUCGACUCGAUCUACAUGGUCUUCAGGACGCUGCUGGAGUGCCUGAAGUCGGACUCAGUGGUGCUCAUCGAGUUCGCAAUGAUGGCCUUCAACAACAUCAAGAACCUGUUCAACUACCCGCUCUUCACGAAGGAGUUCGUCUCGGACGCGAAGGUGGCGAAGUUCUACCCGAACCUGCUGAAGACGUACAAGGCGAUCCUGGCCUCGCCGGACUACAUCUCGGAGAUAGAGACGAGUCUGGACCAGGGGAUCGCGAACGAGGUGAUAUCGCAAGACACGCUCGCGGAGGACAAGUGCCUCAAGGGAAAGAUCACCACGAAGGGACUGGUGAUCAUCAAGAGCGGAGAGGAGCCGGGGCUGGACGCGGCGCUGCCGACGACCGCAAUGCAGAGCAGCACGACGCUGCAGUCGGCGACGACAAUCAAGUCGCCGCCGAGCGGAGACUACGACCUGCUGGUAGGACUCUGCAACAACAUGGACUACAACCCGCCGAAAAUGCACCCGCUCUUCUACCACGAGCAGUGCCUGAUGACGAUCCUGAACGUGGGCGUCGACGACUUCUUCAACACGCUGAAGCUGCAGAUCGAGGUCCCGGAAAACAGCGCGGAGACGAUCAGCGCCUUCGCAACCUUCUCAGGCUCGCAGUUCAUGGCGACGGUGGAGUCGCUGGUGCUCGCAGGGAACCUGGACUGGCUCUUCUUCCUGAUCCUGAGACACGCGAUCACGAAGGGAGAGGCGAGCUUCGAGGAGAUCACGAGCCUGCUGCAGACGCUGGGCGCGAAGGCGCUGGAGUUCUUCGUCAAGUUCCUGUCCUUCUCAGUGAACAUGCUGCUGAAGUACCUGCGCUCCUGCAGAGCGCUGCUCAUCUACAAGAAGAUCCUGCUGGUCUGCGCGGCGCUGCUGGGGGAGCUGACGAUCUCGAGGAACAAGCCGCUGCUGACGAAGCACCUUAACGUGAAGAUGCUGCUCUCAUUCUCGUACGAAAAGGGGAUGCUCUCAGUGACGGUGCCCUUCGUGUGCAGGCUCAUGUCAUACGUGGCGAAGAGUAAGAUCUUCAAGCUCCCGAACCCGUGGACAUUCUGCGUGCUCUCGCUGCUCAACGAGAUCAAGAGCGUUAAGAACCUGAAGCAGGUGCUCGUGCUCGAGAUCAACAACCUGAUCCUGACGCUGACGAGCCCGAGUAACCAGCAGCAGCAGAUGAGCCCCUCGCACACGUCGCAGCAGAGCGCGCAGAUGCACAGCCCAGUCGCAAUGGCGAACGGAGCGCCGAUGUCGCCGACAAUCGACGCGCUGACGAGCGUGAUGAAGAGCAACAUCGUGGGCAGCAACAUCAACACGGGCGUGCACGUGAAGGAGCUGCUGCGCCACCGCGUCCUCGGCGAGUUCGACCAGAGCUGCAGGUUCAGCGGAAACAUCUGGUCAAACUCGAACGAGACGAAGCUGAAGAUACCGCCCAUCCACAACGACAUCAAGAUUCUGCUGCGGAGGAAGAUCAUCAUUAACACGAAGCUGCUGACGAGCGGAGCGACGGUGAACGGGAACGGAAGCAACGGCGGGAGCACGCAGGGCGUGGGCCCGACGUCGAGCAGCGUGGUCAACAGCGUCAUGAACAUGGACAUGUACAACCUGAUCCUGAACGCAAUCGAGAGCUGCUACCGCGAGAGCAUCUUCAUCAUCGAGAAGAUUGUGCCGAUCUGCGUCUCGACCUGCGGGAUCAUAUCGAAGAUCGACUUCACGCAGGAGACCUCGAUCGACACGCUGAAGCGCUGCCUGACCUCGAUGACGACGGGGCUGAGCACGAGUCUGGUGAACGUGAUCUGCAAGGAGGUGCUCAUGUCGAUACUCUCCUCGGAGAUAUACCUGGCGCUGCUGAACCACUACUCGACGAUGGUGGCGAGCAUGGGCGCGGGCGGCAGCGGAAUGAGCAACGGGAGCGUGAGCAUGGGAGCUAGUUCCACGUCGGAAAAUUACCCGAUCUUCGACUGCAUAUGGCUGGAGUACAUCUCGCAGAUACUGGCGAGAGAUAACCUGGCGCUGGUGUGCGCACUGGUGGAGCAGCUGACGCUGGAACUGAUGGGAAGGUCGCUGGACGAAAUGAUCAGCAACUGGUCGAACGGAGUGGCGAGUCUGGCGAACGCGAAUAACAUAUCGACGAUACUGUACAACCAGUUCCUGAGCACGCUGCACUCGGGAAGCCAGUCGAGCACGUCGACGUACUUCUCAGCGAACAGCCUGAGGAACACAGACGAACUCUCGCAGCUCUACAAAAAGUACCUCUCGCUGGUGCCCUCGACGAUCGCGAGAGUGGAGAGGACGGAGAAGAGGCCGGGGCUGAGGUUCCCAGACUUCUUCAUCGUGCCGCCAAUCGAUAACAUCCCGACGAACCUGGUUAUCUCGAAGUUCGACGAGUUCGAGCAGAGGCUGAAGGAGUGCGCAAAGUACCUGCUUAUGUACCCGCCGAUCGUGCCGAUGCCGCACUGCAAGUUCCUGUACAAGUGCGAGUCGUCAUCACUGCUGCUGCUGAGCUUCCUGCACAAAAACCACCAGAUAUUCACGCUGCUCUGGAGCGUGCACUACGUCAUCGUGAAGGCGAUUAACGUGGCGGAGUGCUACGAGCUGAUCCUGAGCAGAGUGAUAAAGAACAUCGUGGACUCGAAGUCGGUCUCGAUCCCGUCAGUGGUUAGUGAAGUGGAGCUGAGUCUGCUGGAAAUGCUCUGCGUGGACAACGCGAACCUGCUGAACAUCACGACCUCGCUGCUGCCGAACCUGACCUUCAACAAGCUGGUGCUCUUCCUGAGGUUCAGGCUGAUCAAGGUCUCGGCACUCGACGUGUACCUGUGCAACUCGGGAGACCUGGAGUUCGUAGUUAAGAUGGUAUACAGGCUCAUCGUGGAGUCGAACUACAUAUCACUGAAGGAGCUGCCGCUCUCGCUGAAGUUCCUGAGCAGGUUCGACAAGAACUCGGUGGUCCACUCGAUCGGAGAGCCGACGAAGCUGAGCGUGGUGCUGACGAAGCUGCUGCAGUACUCAAACAGCACCUCGGCGGCGAUGAACAGCAGCAGCUCGCUGUCUACGCCGGGCGGCUCGAGCGCGGCGCAGGCGGACAGGUUGGUGAGCCUGCGGCUGCUCUUCGUGAGCAGGCUCUACAUCAGGAACCGCUGCGUCCUGCAGAGCGACGUGAGCAAGAAGCACGUGAACAUGUACAUCGACUUCCUUAACUGCGAGACGGACUCGGAGGUGGACCUGUUCUUCAUCAACUUCAACGAGAACCCGAUCGACCAGUUCAUAACCUCGGCGCUGCUCAUCACGCUCUUCGCGUCAUACCAGACGGGCGCGCAGCCGGGGCUGGGCGGCAAGGGAGGCCUGAUGGGCGACCGGGAGCGCGAGGUGCGGAGGUUCGACGGCAUCCCGAGCGUGACCUACGGGAACCCGAACUUCGAGUACGUCCCGGUCUUCUGCAAGCUGGUCAACGGCUUCGUGCAGACGGACGUGUUCAUCCUGCAGAAGGUGCUGCACAUCCUGCUCUCAGUGCUCUACAAAAACUACUGCCUGCCGGUCUUCUUCAAGAUCAUACAGAGCUUCAUCUACAACCCGAACUACACGUUCCCCGCGCACGUCUCGAUCUCGCAGUGCCUGCUCUACUGCAACCCGACGGAAAUGACGAACUUCGCGCCCUUCUGGGUGCAGCUGGCGACAAGCAAGCAGCUGGUGCAGUCGCUGAUACAGUCGCCGACGGAGUGGCCGAUUCUCUCACAGCUGGUGCGCUACGUGCUCAUCUACUACUCCUCGGCAUCCUCGAACUCGACGCAGACGCCGCAGGCGCUGACGGGCUCGAAGGACGCGAAGGACGGAGCGCUGGACUCGCUGCUGGACAGCAUCCUUAACAUCCUGCUCUACCUGCUGCAGAUAUGCCCGGAGUUCAUCUGCGGCUACUACCUCUCGCUCUGCGAAGUGACGACGAGCGUGCGCUUCAGGAACAUCUUCACCUUCAGCACGCCGAAGAACGUGAAGUGCUCGAACCCGUCGACGACCACGGAGGUGCCGGAGACGGCGCCGCUCUCCUUCGUGAACCACAUCCAGUUCAUCAUACAGAAGCCGACGCUGAAGGCGCUCACGGACGCGUACAUCGCGGAGCCGACGGACAGGCUGGUGGGCCUGAUCCUGAAGGAGCUGCAGCCCGAGGGGAUCCUGAUCUACUACACGCUCUACCUGGGCUACACGCUCCCGCUACUCAUCAGCAAGGUGGGCGGGGGCAGCAGCGCGACGCAGCAGCCGAUGGCCUCGCAGCUGUCGGGCAACGCCUCGAUGAAGGUGAUCAACUGCUACCUGCUGCUGGAGAAGCUGGUGAUCCACUCGAAGUCGAAGCUGCUGGUGAGCUCGAUGCUCCUGCACAUGCGCUACCCGAACCUGGUGACGAUGCGCUUCGUCUCCAUCUUCAAGAACCUCUUCGAGAGGGCGGACAACGUGCAGGAGCUCAUCAUCACGUGCAUCAUGGAGCGCCUGCUGGUGAAGCCGCACCCCUGGGGCGUGGUACACCUGGUCUUCCAGCUGGUCAAGUUCAAGAAGUUCUGGACGUUCGUGCAGCACAACAAGCCGGUGGAGGAGCACCUGAAGAAGAUAAUGCAGCUGUACGUGACGUAG